AUGGUACUUCUGAAAUGGAAUGAUAUAAGGUACAGAAGAAAAGGUGUGCCACCAGGAACAAUGGGUUGGCCUGUCUUUGGUGAGACUUCAGGGUUUCUCAAACAAGGACCUGAUUUCAUGAAAGCCAAGAGAGCUAGGUAUGGAAAUAUGUUCAAGACUCAUGCAUUAGGGUCUCCUACCGUUAUAAGCCUGGAUCCAGAUGUGAACAAGAACAUCCUCUUGAAUGAAGCACAAGGCUUGAUUCCAGGGUACCCUGUGUCAAUGAGGAACAUCCUAGGGAAUAACAAUAUUGCUGCAGUUCAUGGUGACUUUCACAAACGUAUCAGAGGUUCAUUGUUGUCUCUCGUUGGUCCACCUGCAAUUAAGGAUCAUCUUCUGAUAAGAACUGACCAGUUUAUGAGGUCCUUCCUUCACAAUUGGGCUGGUCAGACUAUUGAUAUUCAAGACAAAACCAAACAGAUGGCAUUCUUUGUCUCAAUGAAGCUGAUUGUAGAUGAUGAACCAAAAUCCUUCCACAAGGCAUUUAAAGCUACAUUUGACAACAUAUUGUUAGGAACUAUAUCCCUGCCAAUUAAGAUUCCAGGCACCAGUUACUACAUAGGACUUCAGGCAAGAGAAAAAGUCAAUGCAAUUUUGAAGGAGCUUUUAGCCAAGAGAAGAGCUUCUGCUGAUCCUCAUGAUGAUAUUCUUGACAAGCUUUUGACAUGGGAGGACCCCAAGUACAAACUCAACGAUGAAGAGAUAAUUGACCAGAUCAUUACAAUCUUGUACUCAGGUUAUGAAACUGUGUCAACCACUACAAUGAUGGCUAUCAAAUAUCUCCAUGAUAAUCCAAAAGUCCUUCAGGAACUACGAGAAGAACAUUUUGCAAUCCUAGAAAGAAAAAGAUCAGAGGAACCACUCACUUGGGAGGACUAUAAGAACAUGAGUUUGACUCGCGCGGUUAUUCUUGAAACCUCCAGAUUGGCCAGUAUCGUGAAUGGGGUACUCAGAAAGACUAAUACAGAUGUAGAACUGAAUGGAUUUAAAAUUCCAAAAGGAUGGAGAGUUUAUGUGUACACCAGGGAGAUAAACUAUGACCCCUUCUUGUAUCCAGAGCCUUUCAGUUUUAAUCCCUGGAGAUGGCUGGAGAGAAGUCUGGAGGCUCACCACCACAACAUGCUGUUUGGAUCAGGAGUUAGGAUGUGCCCAGGAAAAGAAUUGGGCAUUGUUAAAAUCUCUGUUUUCCUUCAUCACUUUGUUACCAAAUUCAGGUGGGAAGAAGAGGAAGGAAAUGAACUUCGCAAGUUUCCAAGAGUUGAAGCACCAAAUGGAUUAAAAAUAAGGGUCACAGAGUACUGGAAAAUCAAGCAUUGA